GGAGAUAGUAAUAUAUUUUGUCGCAAACUACAUCGUGAUUCUUUUAAUCAAUUAUUUUGAGAAACUAAUUUGGCUUGAAAUUCUUUAGAGUGAAUUGUUUCUUUUGAUUCCUCAUCCUUAGAGGUAGGUUUCAUUCUUGUAAUUAGCCACACAACAAUUUUCAACCUAGUAAGUUGUUGUUUCCUUACCAGUCUUACAAAUUCUUGUAAUCUUUCUGCGUGGACUAUUUUUACAUUGCAAAUUACUAAAGCUAAAUUUGGUAAUUGAAUCUCAAUUAUGUAUAGCCCUUUGUUUUUCCUACUCAUUAGAAGUAAAACUUAUGAUGUGAGAUUUUGGCUUGGGGCCAAAAGCAUUUUCCCCCAACCUUCUUCGUUUAUUCGCCUUGUGAGCUGCGACCCACUAGUCAAGCAACGACAUUAUUGAGUACUGUAAAAAGGAAAAGAAAAUGAAAAAAGAAAAGCAAAAUAAUGUUAGUUUACUUACACUCCCAGUGGAAUCGUGAAUUUCACGCAGCAAUUUAUCACCGUUGCCUAGAGAUAUUUCCUACAGAGGCAUUAGUGGGGAUUACACGCGCUAAACCCUGAAAUUCCAAAAACUGUUGGGAAAUAUAAUAGUCCAAGUCUAGAUUGACGUGACCCUGGGCAGGGGCAGACCGAUGGACACGCAAACUUGUAAGGGCAAACGGGCAGCACCUAACGCCGUCUUUCUCAUCCACUGACGGCGUUUCUCUCUCUAUCUUUUCAUUUCUGUAGAGGGCCAGACGGAGAGAGAGGUAAAUUCAUCUCAUUUCAAUUCAAAACUCACUCCAAGCCUCAGCUCCGGAGUUAGGCUUGGGCUACGAAAAGCGAGCCCCAGAGGGAAAAAGCCAGAUCAAAGCACCAGAUAAAUAAUGGAGUAAAAGAAGAGAGAGAAAAAAAUACACUAGAGAGAGAAAGGAAGAAGAAAGAGAGAAGGUUUGUUUUUUUGGUUAGAGAGAGACAGAGUGUGUGUGUGUUGUGUGACUGUGUGUGUGCUUUUAGAGAGAGAAAUAACAGGCGCAUGACAAAGAUGGGGCAGAUCGUGAAGAAGAAGAAGAAAGGGAGACCUUCCAAGGCAGAUCUCGCUAAACGCCGUGAGCUAGCGUCGUCUGCUCCCGGGCGUGAACUCCGGCGAAGCCAUCGGCAGCGGAGCGUGAGAUACACUUUCGACUUCGACGAUUACCUGGACGACGACGACCUGUUCGAGGACUUCGACGAGGAGGAAGACGAGAGGCGGCGAGAGAAGAAGCUCAAGCUCUUACUCAAGCUCCAGGGUGGUGGCAAAGAGACCCCCACUGAGUCGACGACGACCCCGAGUCAGACUCGGCGCGUGUCUCACGCGCCCUCCGCAUCUCAGUCUUCUUCGGGUUACGGCAGCGGGGACGGCAGCAAGCCGUCGAAGAAGAGGAAAAUCCACAGAGCCGGAAGCGACGACGAUGAAGGGGAGCCCCAGGAGGAUGAAGAUGAUAAUGAUGACGUCGAUGAUGACGAAAACGAAAAUGUUGAGCAUGAUGAGGUUGUUGAUAGAAGAGGAAGAGCCACCGAGUCGAGAGAUGUGGAUUCUGCCCCAGGGACGCCUCCAUCUGGGCUGCCAUUACCGGAUAAGAAGAUUUUGGAAUUAAUUUUGGACAAGCUUCAAAAGAAGGACAUUUAUGGCGUCUAUGCGGAGCCUGUUGAUCCAGAAGAGCUACCUGAUUACCAUGAAGUCAUUGAUCAUCCCAUGGACUUCUCCACCAUUAGGAAGAAGCUCGGAAAUGGGUCAUAUUCAACGUUGGAACUGUUCGAAAGUGACAUAUUCCUUAUUUGCUCAAAUGCAAUGCAAUACAAUGCUUCGGAUACCGUUUAUUAUAAACAGGCUCGCUCCAUCCAAGAACUGGCGAAGAAAAAAUUUGAGAAGCUGAGAACUGGAAUUGAAAGAUCUGAGGAGCUCAAGUCUGACCAGAAGAUGAGAGUGAGCUCCAUUAUGAAGAAGCAGGUGAAGAAACCAUUUAGCAGGACGUUACAGGAUCCUGUAGGAUCCGACUUCUCGUCUGGUGCUACUCUUGCUACUGUUGGAGACUUGCCAAACAUUUCCAGUGCACCUCAGGCCGGUGGAUAUGAAGGGGCUAGCAGUGUUGAUAGGCAUGUUGAGGGAACAUCCGCAGUUGAUAACAAUGUUGAUAAAGCGGAAGAAUUGCUUCCAGUUGGAAAGCGAUCUCUGUCUAGAUUUGAAAGGAAGUCGUUCUCGUAUGAUGAGAACCGGCGUGGAACUUACAGUAUAUCUACUCAAGCAGUGGCCUAUUCAGACUCUGUACUUUCGACUUUUGAAGGAGAAAGCAAGCAGCUAGUGACUGUGGGUCUUCAUACGGAUAAUUCUUAUGCAAGGAGCCUAGCAAGAUUUGCUGCAACACUUGGACCUGUUGCUUGGAGAAUUGCUUCAAAAAGGAUUGAACAGGUUCUGCCUUCAGGAUGCAAAUAUGGCCGUGGAUGGGUUGGUGAAUAUGAGCCACUUCCAACCUCUGUUCUUAUACUCAAUAAUUGUAUUGUUAAGGAACCCCCUUUCUUUAGGAAGAGGGAACGGCCUGUUGAUCCCCCCAAGGGACAGAAAGUGCCUACCAAGCAAGUUUCUUCCACGCAGAAUCCUGUUAGUGAACCACGCCCUGAUAGAUUGCGUAAGCCAGCACCUUCUCAUAGGGUUGUUGAGCCGACCUUGGAUAGAAAAUCAGCAUUUUCUGGUUCUGCUGUAAUCAGGCCAACUGCCAGUUCCAGCCCGAAUAUCUCACUUCAAGGUAAAGAGCAAGUUAGUAGGUUUGUUGGCUCAGAUGGGAAAUCAUCUUUCUUUGGUUCCCCGGGAGACAAAACAACCUUCUCCGCUUCCCCAGCUCUUCAGCAUCAAAAUUUAAAACCUAGAUACUCUGAACCUCAGAAAAAGGUUACGAGACAGGUUGAAUUGAAUUGCCCUCCCUCAGAAAAUCAAACCGGUGAUUUUGUUGUAGAGAGAAAAGGUUUGAAUAGUUCAGAACCACCAUCUUCCAGGUCCAUGGAGAUGAUUUCAAAGAGCAAAAAUUUCUUACCUUCUGGAUCUCCCAAGCAACCUAAAAUCAAUGGAAUAUCAGCUGGCGGGCUGCCUAAUGGAAAUGCAAACAAAUUGGAUAGCCAUAAGAUCUACGGUUUGUCAUCAGAUGUUGCCAAACCAGUAAGCUUCUUCCCCCGUGUGCAGGAUCAGGGUCUUACUGAUCCUGUCCUGUUGAUGAGAAUGAUGGCUGAGAAGGCCCAGAAUCAGCUGAACUCGUCAACUCAUCCCCCUUCCGAGCCCAGUGUAGUUGCACCUCCGGCUUCAUUCUCUAGAAAAGAAGAUUCAGGAAAUGCUUCUGCAGCUGCUGCUCGCGCAUGGAUGUCUAUUGGGGCUGGAGGCUUUAGACAGGCUGGUGAAAAUACAACCUCACAAAAGAACCAGAUAUCUGCUGAUUCCUUGUACAACUCUGCACGUGAUCUGCAACCACAACUCUCACGGUUCCGUGGGGAACCUCCAUCUAAUGGGAUGCAGGUUCAGUCGGAGAAAAAUGGCUUUGCGUUUCAUCCCUUUGUGCCUCAACCUACUAGAAUGGGCAAUGAUGCUCAGUUCCAAAACCGGCCAUUGGUUUUUCCUCAGUUAGUGACUACUGACUUGUCUAGAUUCCAUAUGCAGCAGUCUUCUUGGCAGCCUCUCAGUCCACAUAUGCAGCCUAGGCAGAAGCAGGAAUCACUGCCUCCAGACUUGAACAUUAGUUUCCAGUCAUCAGGUUCACCUGGUAGACCAUCUUCAAGUGUACUGGUGGAUUCUCAGCAGCCAGACCUGGCUUUGCAGCUUUGAGUUGGACAUGUCUGGAGCAAAAUGAAGAAUGUCCAAUAGCUGGUUCAGGUUUUUAAACAAGUUCAGUGCUUGCUAUAUGAUGUUGCAGUAGUUGUGGAUCAUUUUGCUAAUAUGAUUCAUGAUUAUCUACUGAGAAUAUCUGCAACUGAGGGGACAAUCUGCAAGCUUGUAGAUUGCACUUAAGAGUAGAUUAUGGUUAAAAUAUGACAUCCAUGCUGCCUGGGUUGGCGUUGAGAUUCAUUGACCUGCAAUAGGUUGUAUCUAUAUGUUUAUCAUGGUUAGGGGGAAGGCUUCUUGGUUGGAAGGUUGUUCUUGAUAAUAUAGGCGUUCAUUAUUUAUUCAUCGAUGGCAUAAGUUAGGCAACACAGAAAGGCUGAGUUAGUGUAAAUUAGGCAAGAUUUCUUGGAGGAAAGAUCUAUUGUAAUCUGGCGAUGAUGAUUUUGUCUCUUCAGUUUCAGAAUGUUUUACUUGCCUCGCGUUAUUUCCACACUAUCCCCAGAGAUGAUAAACUAUUCCUAUUUCAAAACAGGCAAAGGCAAAACCGAGUGGUCCGAGUCUUUCUUUUCUUUGUUGUUUCGGGAUUUAUAUCCCCUCAACUAAACUAGAUUCUGCAGGAAUGAAAUGAGAUCAAGAAAUGCUUCAGGCAUGAAGGUUUUCUUUUCUUUUCCGGUACAACCAAAGAGCCUAACUAAUUAGGCCGAAAGUUUGAAUGUCUUGUAAGAUGGGGAGGGAGACCGCUCCCUCAUCAAUCUAGAUACCGUAAUGGUUUCCGAACUAAAAAUUCUAUUCUCACUGCUAAAAUUUACACCUACUCGCCGAAACAAUACAGUUCACGACAUUACAAGUGAGAAAACAAAGUGAAGAUAGAACAAAGAGAAAUACAAGCAAAAAAUAAGGAUUGCCUGUUCAACAAAACUGAAGAAGCCAGGUGGAUCCACAGGACGAGAAUUUCUGCCGGAACCCUCUCUCGAGAUUUUCCGGAGGGCCGGGAAGAUUAAUGGAUCACCCGAGUCCCUAUGCAGUUCCAUCACUGCCAAAAUAUGUAUCUACCGCUAAAUCACAUCCAGGUUGUUGAUCAUCCCUUGGAUUUUUUUCCUCGGGUGCGAUGCAGAAGAUGUUAUGUUUUACAUUCUCUGAAGAAGAACAUGAUCAUUUUGUGCUAUCCAUUAUUCGAAAUCUCUUGAAGAAAAACAAUACCAUUAAUAAUAUCUCUCUUUUGAAGCUGAUCAGCGGCGCCUCAUCCUGCCUCUGGUGAAACGGGCCAACGACAAUCUAUUUCUAAAGCUGUGCUUUCCCUUCUUCUUGGUCUUAGGAUUCAGCUCCGGGGACGAUUGCGGCGAUGAUGAAGAUGUUUCCGGCUUGGGAUCACGCAGAACACAAACAUCACCAUUACAUACGUAUCGGCUCGAAUACUUUUCCGUUGAUGACGAUUCCGAUUCCGAAAAGCAUCUCCCGAAGUUGCGCAAAGAAAUGGACAUAACUUUUUUUUUUUUUUUUCUCAAGUUUCAACACUUUUGUUCUUGUGUUGAUCCUCGUGGGAAUGAGAAAAAUGGCCCUGCCUUUUAGGGUUGCAAGGGAAUGAUGCACAACUUAUAAAAAUAGAAAUAUAAUGGCCUUGUUUUCCUAUGAAAUUGAUCUGAGGGAAUGGUUCGCUUAUAAAGAGACGAAAAUGAGAGACAGCCACAAAACAUUAUGCC